CUGCUGUACUUCGCCGUGUGCGCCCUGGGGCUGGUGGGCAACGUGCUGGUCAUCUACGUCAUCCUGCGCUACGCCAAGAUGAAGACCACCACCAACAUCUACAUCCUGAACCUGGCGGUGGCCGAUGUGCUGUGCAUGGGCAGCCUGCCCUUCGUGGGGGCGCAGCUGGCUCUGGCGCACUGGCCCUUCGGCGUGGCGCUGUGCCGCCUCGUGCUCACGCUCGACUCGCUCAACCAGUUCACCAGCAUCUUCUGCCUGGCGGUGAUGAGCGUGGACCGCUACCUGGCCGUGGUGCACCCGCUACGCUCCGCGCGCUGGCGCAAGCCGUCCGUCGCCCGCCGGGUCAGCGUGGGCGUGUGGGCCGCCUCGCUCGUGGUGAACGUGCCGGUCAUGGUGUUCAGCGGCGUGAUGACGCGUGGCGACACACACUCCUGCAACGUGCUGUGGCCAGAGCCGCAGGACCUGUUCAACACCGCGUUCAUCCUCUACACCUUCCUCCUCGGCUUCUGCCUCCCACUCGCCGCCAUAUGCCUCUGCUACCUGCUCAUCAUCAUUAAGGUGAGGUCGUCGGGUGUGCGCGUGGGCUCUAGCAGGAGGCGGCGUUCAGAGCGGAAGGUGACGCGCAUGGUGUCCAUCGUGGUGGCGGUGUUCGUGCUGUGCUGGCUGCCCUUCUACGCGUUCAACGUUGCCGCGGUGAUGUGCACGCUUAGCAACCGGCUGAAGAGCACGUUCGAGCUGGUGGUGGUCCUGGCGUACGCCAACUCCUGCGCCAACCCCGUGCUCUACGCCUUCCUCUCCGACAACUUCAACAAGAGCUUCCAGAACAUUCUGUGUCUGCGUCGCGUCAGCAGCCUCGACGACGUGGAGCACAGCGACAGCCGCCACGACCGCACGCGCAUCCUCAACAACGUCACCAUAGAAACGCAUGGCACACUGCUCAACGGCGACCUGCAGACCAGCAUCUGA